GAAAACACCCAAUGCAACAAUAAUCAGAUUUGGCGCCAGAUUUUUAACAAGGAAACGCAAGCUUCGCAACUUGCUACAGACAAGUUGAACAACAAAGCAGAAACCAUUUGAGACGGGGUUUUAUUAACAAUUUAAACAGAACUAAAUUUAAAUAGAACUAUUUUAUCAGCUAGGUUUUAAUAUGUUUGUAACAGAUAUUCGAAAGGAAUUUUAUGACGUUGUUGUCCACCAGAGAGUAGCACUCCUGGUAGCUCCGGACAUCGAUGCAUUGUGCGCCUGCAAAGUUCUCCAGGCUUUAUUCCACUGCGAUCAAGUGCAGUACACUCUGGUCCCUGUGACAGGGUGGCAGGAUCUGAGCACCGCUUUCAUUGAGCACAAAGAACAGUAUCGGUAUUUUGUCCUUAUAAACUGUGGGGCGAACGUUGACCUUCUGGAGACGCUGCAGCCAGAAGAUGACACCAUCUUCUUCAUCUGUGACACGCACCGACCGGUGGACGUGGUCAACGUGUACAAUGACACUCAGAUUAAGCUCCUAAUAAAACAAGAUGAUGACCUAGGCGUUCCUUCUUAUGAUGACAUCUUCCGAGAUGACGAGGAUGAGGAGGGGGAAGAUUCUGGGAAUGAGAGUGAUGGCUCAGAGCCCUCUGGGAAACGUAGGCGUUUUGAUGAGGGUGCGGUGGAGAGGAGGAUCGAGAGGCAGAGAGCAAAAAGGGAGUGGGAGGCACGCAGGAGGGAGAUCUUAUUUGAUUAUGAGCAGUAUGAAUACCAUGGCACUUCAGCAGCUCUGGUCAUCUUUGAACUGGCCUGGGUAAUGACUAAAGACAACAAAGACAUGCUGUGGUGGACCAUCAUUGGUUUGACAGAGCAGUGGGUUCAUGACAAAAUCCCUAAUAUGAAGUAUGUGACGGACAUAGCCACACUACAGAGGCAUGUGUCUCGUCACAACCAUCGGAAUGAGGAUGAGGAGAACUCUCUGUCUAUCGACUGCAUGAGGAUCUCCUUCCAAUACGAUUUGCGUUUGGCUCUCUAUCAGCACUGGUCUCUAUAUGAGAGCAUCUGCAACUCCUGCUACACCUCCUGCGGCUUCAAGCUCUGGUCUAUUAACGGCCAGAAGAAACUACAGGAGUUCCUCGCAGACAUGGGUCUACCUCUAAAACAGGUUCGACAGAAGUUUAACUGCAUGGACAUGACGAUCAAAGAGAACCUGCGUGAGGUCAUAGAAGAAUCUUCAAAUAAGUUUGGCUUGAAGGAUAUCCGUGUCCAGACGUUUAGCGUUCACUUUGGCUUUAAGAACCGUUUCCUAGCAACAGAUGUGGUACACGCUGCUGCCGCUCUGCUGGAGAAUGUGGAAAAGGACGAGAGUGCAGCAGACAACUUCAUCAGAGCACUGGACUGCCUCAGCCGGAGUAAUCUGGAACAGUUGCACUUGGGUAUUGAUUUUGCCAAAAAGAAGCUUAAAGCUAUCCAGCAGACCAUAGCCAGCUGCAUCUGCACUAAUCUCAUCUUGUCCCAAGGACCUUUUCUCUAUUGCUACCUGAUGGAGGGUACUCCAGAUGUGAGGCUGUUCUCCAAACCCAUGGCUUUAACCCUUCUGUGCAAGUACUUGUUGAAAGCCUUUGUGUGCUCGACCAGGAAUAAGCGCUGUAAGGUGCUGCCAUUGGUAAUGGCUGCGCCCCUGGAUGUGGAGAAAGGCACAGUAAUGGUGUUGGGCAUCCCACCGGAGUCAGACACAUCAGACAAGAAAAAUUUCUUUGGCAGGGCCUUCGAGAAGGCUGCAGAGAGCACUAAUUCCAGGACAUUGCACGAUCGCUUUGAUACAUCCAUCAUUGAGCUGAAGACGGAGGACCGAGGGAAGUUUCUAGAUGCUCUCAUCACUCUGUUAUCCUGAACACUCAAAAGGAAGCUGGAAUAAAUACUAGAGGAGCUGUGUGUGUGUGUGUGUGUGUGGCGUAUUAAUGUAUCUUCAACUCAGGUCACACAUGCCUGGUGCAUACUGCAGAUGUGAACUGAUCUCUGAUCAGAACAGAGCUGAGCCAGAACAUUUGGGAAAACUCCUACAUGCGCGCACACACACACAUACACAUAUACACACACACGGUCAUGCCCCAAACACAGACGCAUGUAGUCUGUACCACGGUGGAAUCUUGCACCCCUCCUGUGCAAAUGUUAGAUUUGCCAUGUUCAAACUCAGUUUGCUGCCAAAUACCAUCACAGUCCAUUCAGUCGGACUACCUCUCUGAGACAAACAUACACAUGCUAACACAGAACCUGUGUGUGUGUGAGACAGUGAAUUAUGAACACUCGUUGACUGCUCCAUAACAACAAGCAGGUCUAUAUGUUUUGUUUAUAUUGUAUAGGUUUUAAGUCAGUGUAUGUUUCUGUGUAACCUUUUUUUUUAUUGUUGACUGUACUGUAAAUUAUGCUAUGUUGUAUGUGUGUGUGUGUGUGUGUGUGUGUGUGUUUGUUUUCUCUUUUUAAAUAUAUAAUUAAAGCUCAAUAUUAACC